UUACUUAACGGCAUGUCCUCGGCUAAGAUUUCAAACCUAUACAAAUAUAUUCUAAAGUGAUACGUCAAGUUACUAAACGGUAUUUUGGACAUGAGGGAACUUCACCUAUAUAGGGAAAAUUACAGAAGAUGAUUAACAAAGUCAGCUCAAAUUGGAACUUGAUCUAGAGAUUCGGAAGACCACUGAGAUUAUGAAUAGAAAAUGCAGUCAUCAAAGCGUGCCAGAAAAUCUAAACCACCAGCAAGCAGAGAAGCGGCAUAUAGAAUUAUAAUUAGAUAUGUAAAUGAAGUGUGUAUUCAAAUACGUAAAUUUGCCAAACAUUAUUUAAACAGAGAUGCUAUAGAUUACAGUGCAUGUGCAAAAUGUUUGAAAGAUUUGUGCGAGGUGUGGGAAACUGUACCAUCAAAAUUUCCUACGUGGAAGGAAUUCUUCGAGAAACAUAAAAUAAAGACAACUGAAGAUGGACUAAGAAAGAAAGACUCGUACAGAGAUUUGAUGAAUAUAUGUGAACGUGCAAGGGAGUAUGAACUGAUGAUCCCAAGUGUUAGAGAAAUGAUUGUAGAAUGCGCUCGUGGUCAUCUUUACAAAUACUGCCAAAGUUUCAUUGAGGAGGCUGACGAAUUGGAAAUUCAACCUGUACUUGAAUAUGAAGAAGCAAUAAAUGCAUACAGAACUGAAAUUGAUGCAAAAAUCGACAAAAUUAAUAAAACUAUACUAGAAUAUGGCGAAAUAAAAAAACCUUUUGAAACGUUUAUUUCAGAAGGAAACGUGCAUGCCAAAUUAAUGGAAGAAACGUGUGUUCUAUUAAUUGAAGUUUCGCAUACAGCCAAAAAAUGGAUAGCUGAAGAUUCUGCUUAUCCGGACAAACUUUUGCAGGACAUAUUCUUCAAUAAUUCUUACAAAGAGAAGCUUGAAGAUGAUAUUGAAAAGUUGAGACAGAAAAUUAGAAGCACUGAUGGAAGUAUAGAACGGAAAAGAAAAACACAUGCUACUCUUGCCCGGGAACAUUCUAACCAUAAAAGACAAAAACAUCGAGCAAAACAAAGUUUAGAAGUAGUUAUUCUAAAAAUUCAGAAGUUGGAGAGAGACAUUGAGGCGAAAAAUAAAGAGAUACAACAACUUAAAGAUGAAAUAGCAGAUAAAACUCCUGUCUCGCCGCGGUAUCGAAGUGACCUUAGAAUUAAUUUAGAACGGGAGUAUGGUUACCUCGACAAGUUGGAGGAAAAUAAACAAGUGAUGGAGAGACAGAAGAUACGUUUAGACAGAGAAUUCAAAAGUGUUAAUGAUAGUACGUAUGAAUAUAAAGUGGAAGCUGUGACAAAUCGUCACGAACAACAUGAAAUGAGACAAAAAAUGCUUGGUAUGGAGAUUGAGAUCAAAUCUAUAUAUGAUCGAAUUUCUAGUAUAGAUCAGAAAUCAGCGGUACUCAAGAAAAUCAGACUUUUAAAUUUAUCACCAGAUACACUCAGAAUGAUGCAUAAACGGCGGAUAAAAAUACCAGAAAACGAAUUUACAAAACGGAGAAAAAUGAAAUGUCAAUUAGAAGAGGCGUGUAAAUUUGUUUCCAAUUACAUCGGAAAAGAUUGGAAGAAACUCUAUGAAAGGCUGCCCUUUAUUCCACCACGUGAUCCAGACCGUAAGAUGAAGGAUAUGGAAGUAAUAGACAGAAUAUCUUCGCAUAGAGACAGAACACCAGAGGAAUCUGCACUUUUUAGCUUAGAAAAAUGGAGGUCAUUCAACCGUCAGAGUGAAUUAGGACAAUUGAUUAGAGGUCUUCGAAAGCUAAAUAAAGUUGAGCUUGCCGAAAAAAUAGAAAGUCGUUACUCAGUCGAGGAUGUGUAUGGUUGAUAUUAAAUUCUACUUAGUAAACCUUAAAAAUUCAUUUUCUAUACAAUAAAACGACAAUGGCAUAUUAGCACAAAAUACCCCGACAAAACGAAUUACAAAUGCUAUUUAAAAGUAACAAAAAUAACAAAGUAACAAUAAUUAUCACCUAGAUUGGUUUUCUUGUUAUUAAAACCAUAUUUCGCAUGAAAAGUUUAACAAUAUAAAUCCUUCUUAAUAAUAAGCGAACAGCUGAUACAUGUAAUUUUUGAAAUCAUGUUUUCCAGUUUAAAUUCAUUAAAUCUUGAACAGUUUAAAAAACUCCAGAAAGAAAUAUGGGAUUAUGCAAGAUCUUAAACAUUUCAGGUCUUAGAAAAUAUUUUUUUCAUGGACAUGGCCAUUUUUGAUAAUAAUAAACUCACUCUUAAAAGUCCGCUCAAACGUGACUCACAUCAUUGAAAUGCAAGAGAUUAGAAUCAUAGUGAACGUGAUAAGAGUCGUGUCGAUGUUUUGAAUAAAAGAUCUUCUUCAUUAAGAUUGUUCCCCAUACAUUUUUAUGGUAAACAAAAAGUUAGAUAAUCUGAAAAAAAAAUCUGCUGUAUAAAAGUAUUCAUUGAAAAAAUUAAAUCAAGUAAACAAAAUAUUUUUUAAAAUCUAAAGUUAAAAAAACACAGAAAAAAAAACACCCCAGGAUGAAUUCCAAAUUGAACAAUAUAAAAAUACAUGAAAUACAUGUAAUUGACUUGGUAAAAGCGCUUUCCUGUCAAACGUUUAAUUUUCCGAUUUCCUAUUAAGCAGUUAACUUAUGAACACUUCGUGGCUAACCAUAUUUCUGAGGAACAAUUUACCGUGUUCAAAUGAUUCCUAUUUUUGUUCUGUUUUCACAUUUCCCAAAUUGAUCAAUAUGAGAGUUUACAACAUUCAUCCAAAUUAUAGUGAUUACUGCAUGAUAACAUUUGUGUUUCUAAUGACAUUACCAUAAACAUGCAACCAUUUUUAUCCUUUAUUCCAUACUCGACACAAUCUAUUAAUUACUCUGCUUUUGAUCCAGUACUUCUAUUAUCUAAGACUUAAACACGUCGAGUUAAGUGACAAUGCAUCAAAAUUAAUCCGGUACUGAGAGAUAUUUACUUAAAUAUAUUAGAUAGGAUAAAAUAAUUAGUCAUUAUUAAUAACUGUCUUCAUUGUUCAAUAAAAAAAAUUUGGUAAAAUAAAUUUAUAGACAGUAAGAGUGCAUUUCUUUCUUACACAAACGAUGCAAACGGCUAAGCGCGCACAUGUUUUGAUCAUUUGUUUCUAACAUACGUUUGCAAAGUUUACAUAAACUUUGACAAACUAUGCACUCGCUAAAAACGCGUCUACAGUUUGUCGUUCAUCGUUUGUUAGUACAAACGAUACAUUUGUUUCUAACUUCAACCUGAUUAAACGAUGUAUUUGUUUCUACGUUUGCAAAAAGUCUGUUUACCAACAACAUGUGCAUGCAUUAUUGGAAGUUCAAACAGGGUCAGUAAACACUGAUUUAACGAUGUAUUUGUUUCUACUUUUGUAGCGUUUAGAAAACAACAACAAACGCCACACAACGUUUACAAAAUUUUGGUUAGAAAGAAAUGCACUCUAAUUCUAGUUCUGUAGUAUUCUCUGCAUACACAUAUAUAUAUUGAAUCUUAUUUUGUUUACUGCAUCUGUUUAGAAUAUUUUGCCAUUUAUAUACAUUUUGAUAACAAUGAAAAUUAAAUAUAUAUUUAUAUAAUA